AUGGAGGCGGCCGAACGACACAAUUUGGAAAGUUUCCUUCUUCUCAAUUCAUCCGCAUCGAAGUUAAAGCAGAAGCUACUUGACCUCUUGACGAUGAUUGAAUUCCAGCGCGAUGCCAUUGAUUGGCCCAGGUAUCUAAACACGCUUGGCUUGUGUGCAUCAGAACUGGUAGAAAUUCGCAAAUUCCUCGCGUCUGAAAGAUUUGCUUCCGCCCAGUCUAUAAUUUUAACUCCAAAGGCUCUAAUUACCGACACGGACACCAGUCUAGCCAAGGCCACAGAGGAUCGUUUAGCCAUGUUUAAUCACGAUGCAGCGCCGCAAUAUCUCCGAACUAAGCUCGACCCACGGGCAAGUGCAGUGGAGGUACUACGAGCAUCAGUGGACGCGCGGACAGUGUCGCUUCGGGCCAUGUCAGGCGUGAUGGCGGAACGUGCACUGACUUCGCAUCGGGAUAUUGUCGAUAAGGUGUUGGGCGACAUACGUCUACUGAAACAGGAACUGGACCAAGACCAAGAAAAACUAGCAACCGUCAAAUUAAUGACAAACCAAGAUGACCUCCUUAAUAUCGUCGCGACCAUGACCGCUGGGCGGGACUACGCUAUGAGGUUGAAGGCUGAUGGAUCCAAAUAG